AUGGAAUAGGGCAUCGAUACAGUUGGUGAGCAUUUUGUACAAGCCUCGUUUAUGAGUGAGCAGUUUGAAAAGGAAUUCAGCUUUUUCGUUAAAGUUGUUAUCAGAUCUAAAAAAGGAGCAAAAGAAUCUGUUAAAGCAGAUCAAAAGAAAAAGGCCUCAGAAGGAGGAUCUAAAUGA